AUGGCUCACCUGUCCAGAGCAGGAUUAUGGGAUGCUGAAUCUGCUGAAUCUGCUGAUGCUCAAUCAUGGCACUUCAGUGACUUCACAGAUCUGCUUUUUCGUCCCCUCAUCGUCUUCCUUCUCCUGUCACAGCUACACGGAGGUCAACUUCAGGUGAUCGGUCCAUCUCAGCAGAUACUGGCCACAGUUGGUGAUGACGUCAUUUUGCCGUGCCGCCUGGAACCUGCCAUGAAUGCUUCUGACAUGAGGUUGGAGUGGGCAAGACCCGACCUGAGCCCUGGGUUUCUAUAUGUGAGGGCAAACCGUCAAGAAUACGAAGCUCACAAACAGCCGUCAUUCAGAGGAAGAACGUCAGUGUUCAUCAACAAACUGCAGCACGGAGACGUUUCACUGAAACUCUCCAAAGUGAGAGUGUCAGAUGAGGGAACGUACAGAUGCCUCGUUCCCUCACUGGGUCCACCCGCUUUUAUCAUGCUCGUCGUUGGUGCUGUCUCCUCGCCUGCUAUCAGUACAAUAUACACAUCCAGCUGCAAAGUGGUGUUACAGUGUGAGUCUAGAGGCUGGUAUCCAGAGCCUGAGGUGUUGUGGCUGGACGGUGAGGGAAACCUCCUCUCUGCUGGAUCUACAGAGACAGUGAGAGGUCCUGAUGACCUCUAUACUGUCAGCAGCAGAGUGAAGAAACCAUUAAUACAUGCACCAUAUGCUUAAUAUGAAUGCAAUGUUGUUGUGUAAUUUGUCAUUUCAAUUGAUAUCUUCACAGUCCUGUCCCAGUGGGUGAAAGUUAUUUUGGCUCCAGGCUUACUCGGUGUCGUUCUGGGUGCUGGAUUCACAAUACAUUAAUGGAGAAUAGGGUAACAUUUUGCUGCUUUUCAUUUCAAGAUACUGUCACUAUUUCUUCCAUUCCAUCAGUGUAAUGGAUAACUGCUGUUUAGCCAGGUUUCACAUGGACGAGAUACACAUAGGGGACAUAU